UUUAAGCGCGUGGAUUGCCAGCAGCUACGUUAUAUUUAGUCCUAUGUUAUGUUUACGUACAGAAAUUAGUGAAUUGCGCAUUUUCCCCGUGCUGCACCAUCAGACAAUGCACUGCGCAUGUCAGUGCUGAAAGCGCAUUCAAUGUAACGCAAGUAUGGCAUACUUCAUGGAUCUGUUUUAGAUCAAUGUUGAUAGUUUCCUCCAGCUUGGACUUUGAACAUGCUCUGUGACUAUCAGCACUGAUAUGGAGCAACACUACUCGGUUUAGUAAUUCCCACAGGCUGCACUGGACAACUUUAAAAACCAUUAAACAAUUUACAUUUUAAACUGUUAGAUUCAGUCUAGAUCCAAGGAGACUCAUUUAAUCCAGCAGCCGUGGCAGAAACAUGUCCUCAAGUUCCCUGGGCAGGAGACUGGUGGCUUGUCUUCUCAAUGUUUCGGAGGCACGCAGGAAAGACCUGGUAGAGACUGUGGCCAAGGCAGCCUUAUACAACACUGAAGGUGUUAGACGCAAGGGGACCACAGUGCUGAACAUCUUUAAUGACCAUGACUACAACCGCUCCGUCAUCACCAUUGUGGCCAGUAUCGACUCUAUCAGGGAGGCAGUUCUGUCUGCGUGUGAGAAAGCCUGCAAGCUGAUCGACAUGCGCGCUCACACUGGGGUCCACCCAUGUAUGGGAUCCGUCGACCUUGUACCCAUCUACCCCUUGGGGGAGGAGGUGGGAGUGGAGGACUGUGCUAAAGAGGCUCAGGCUGUGGCUCGGGGACUCACAGAGCGGGUUCAGGGCACCAGUGCCUUCCUGUUUGGCUGGGCGGACUCCCCCCUUCAGCGCGGGCUGGCACAGAGGAGGAAGGAGAUGGGCUGGUUCAAGAAGACGACAGACUUGCAGGCAAUCAUGCCCGACAUGGGGCCGCAGCCACAGAAACGAUUUGGUCUCACAGGUGUCGGGGCCAGUCCAUACGUCAUGAAUUGCAACGUCACCAUCGACACUCAGGACAUUGCCAUGGGACGCAGCAUCGCCACAGCCAUCAGGGAGUCGACCCCUGGGGGCCUGCCUGGGGUGCAGGUGCUGGCCCUGCCACAUGAGGGCGCUGUGGAGAUCGCCUGUAAUGUGGAGAGUGUGAAGGGGACCCUACCUGGUCACGUGUCUGCAGGGGAACCAUGGCCGUGUUUCAGCAUCGACGACCAGCUGUACUGCCACGCUCCGGCUUCACUCAUCACAGCGAGGGUGGCGGAGCUGGCGGGGGGGCAGGGGGUCGGCAUGAAGGGGACGGCACUAGUGGGGUUUACCCCCCGUGAGUGCAGGAGCCUGGCAGAGUUAGCACUGUCCCAAGAGAUUGCUGAGUUCUGGAAAGAGCAGGACAGGAUUCGUAUGUGAAAAUAAAUUCAUGCCAAAACCAGUGAAACCUCAUAUAAAGAACCUCAUCUUUGUUUGAUGUAACUUCAUGAGAAUCGACUGUUCAUCAGUCAUCUUCUGUUACCACUGCUUUCCUUGUCAAGCUUUCCAUCUCAGAUUUACCCCUAAAAAUGUAGACAUUUUUGAGUCAAUAGGUCUUUGAUUUCACAUAGAAGAAAGAAAAAGUGGGUUUCUCAUUUUUAGGUAACUGUGGCUAGCUGAUUUUAUCAGCUAUAGUUAGCUAGUUAGCUAAUCAGCUCACACUAACUGCUAGAGAAAACAUGACAUCAGUGACAUUUUUCAAAACAACUUCACACGUAAGGGCUUCAGGACACUUGGAUUACUUCAGACAAGCAGUAUGGAGAUAGUUUUUAUUUUUAACAUUUGAAUUUAUUUGGGAGAUGAGUGCAACACUUUUCCCAGGUUUUUUAGACUAUAAAACUUUAACCCAACACCCAACUUUUUGGGUGAAUUUUCCCUUUAAGCUUGUGUUAACCACAUAUCUCAUUUCAGGCAUCUAACCAAAAACUUUGGGAUGAGUAGUUUCUAGUAAUGUUAAAUGACAAUGAAUCGCAUGAUUUUGGAUAUUUCAAAGUAAAUGUUUUUUAAACCUACUUGCUGAUUUGAAGGUUGUGAUGUUAUUUUAAAUACAAAAUACUUUAAAGUUAAAUGUUCCUGUCCUAAGCAAAGCCAAAA